AUGGACAAUCUUCAACAAGUAACACUAACAGCAGACGACAACCAAUACACAUAUGUUGGAGAAGCAUUAGAAGGGGCAGACCGAGCAAGACUCAUUCACACACUGCGUCAAAACGCCGACCUUUUCGCAUGGACGCCGGAGGACAUGCCCGGAAUAAACCCAAAGGUUAUCUGCCACAAACUAGCAAUUGACAAAACAGCCCGACCAGUUGCGCAGAAGAAAAGGAAUCUCGGGGAAGAGAAAAAACAAGCAGCACUAGAAGAAACCAAAAAGCUCCUCAAUGCAGGUUUCAUCCGAGAAAUUCGUUUCACCACAUGGUUGUCCAACGUGGUAAUGGUAAGGAAGAGCUCAGGUAAAUGGCGCAUGUGCGUCGACUUUACGAACUUAAAUAAAGCUUGUCCCAAAGAUGCUUAUCUGUUGCCUUGUAUUGAUAAAUUAGUUGAUAACGCCUCUGGUUUUAAAGCUUUGAGUUUUAUGGAUGCAUACUCUGGCUAUAACCAGAUUCUAAUGCACCCAGAAGACCAAAGCAAAACAGCUUUUAUAACAGAACAUGGGAAUUUUUGUUACAAGGUAAUGCCCUUUGGCCUAAAGAAUGCAGGUGCGACGUAUCAAAGGCUAAUGGACAAGGUAUUCCAGCAACAGAUAGGCCGCAACAUGGAGGUCUAUGUAGAUGACAUGGUAGCCAAAACACCCAUGCAGGGGUCACACUGUGACGACCUAUUAGAAAUCUUCAAACAACUCCGAGUAUACAACAUGAGACUCAAUCCGGACAAAUGUGCUUUCGGAGUCCAAGGAGGGAAAUUCCUCGGAUUCAUGCUAACCUCGCGAGGCAUCGAAGCCAACCCAGAAAAAUGCAAAGCUGUACUGAAUAUGGCGAGCCCAAAGACGAUAAAAGAGGUCCAACAACUAGCAGGGCGAAUAGCCACCUUAUCUCGUUUCCUACCUGCAGUGGCAAACCGAUCUUAUCAUUUUUUCCAAACAUUCUCCAAAGGCAAGAAAUUUGCAUGGACAGACCAAUGUGAGAACUCUUUUACCGAACUCAAACAAAGCCUAACAUCACCACUAAUCCUCCAAAGACCAGAGACAGGUAAACCAUUGUACUUAUAUUUAUCAGUAUCUAACCAUGCUAUAAGCUCGGUCCUAGUAACAGAAACAGGGAAGAAGCAAAACCCAGUAUACUUCAUCAGUAGGGUACUGCAACCAACAGAAACAAGGUACCCGAAGAUAGAACAAUUGGCACUGGCACUAAUCACCACAGCAAGAAGACUGCGGCACUAUUUCCAGAGCCACACAAUCAUAGUACGAACGGACCAACCAUUAAGGCAGAUACUAACCAGACCCGAGCUCGCCGGCAGAUUAAUAAAAUGGUCGGUCGAGCUCUCCGAGUUCGACAUUCAGUACGAAUCAAGGAAAACACUGAAGUCACAGCAACAGGCUGCAGGCCAGGCUCAGGCCAAUCAACUGUAUGACAGGCCAGGCCUGUUAAGAGCAAAGCCUGGCCUGGCCUGGCCUGUUUCCACCCCUACAAAUGACACAUAUAAUACAGAAGUCAGUUGGACCAUACAUGUAGAUGGAGCAUCCAACAAAGAAGGCAGUGGGGCUGGGAUACUACUCAAAGAAGGAGACAAAGUGGUGGCCGAGCAGUCACUACAGUUCCGCUUCAACGCAAGCAACAAUCAAGCAGAAUAUGAGGCCCUACUCGCUGGACUAAAGCUCGCCCUACAACUGCAAAUACCUCGAAUAACAGCCUACUGCGACUCCUCGUUAGUGGUACAUCAAAUAAAGGGCGAAUUCCAGGUAAAAGAUCCUUUGUUAGAGAAAUAUUGGCUCAUAACAAAGGAUCUAAUUUCAAAAUUUGAAGAAUUUGAUAUUAUUCAUGUAAACCGAGAACACAAUACCAGGGCCGACGUGUUAUCUAAACUAGCCACAACUCGGCAGGCCGAAAACACGUCGGCACUGUCCCAGCUAACGCUUGACAAACCGAGUUUUGAGCAGGAUACAAUUCUGAGUAUUACACAAGUCCCAGAUUGGCGAACACCUUUUCUCGAAUACAUCAACACAGGCACUACGCCAAAUGACGAGCCGAACUUGCCACUCUUCCGAAGAAGAGCAAGCUUCUAUACAGUGCUAGGAAACACUUUGUACAGACGAGGACACUCCCGACCACUCCUUAAAUGCAUUAGCAACGAGGAGGCCGAGGAUGUCAUGGCCGAAACACAUGAAGGAGUCUGCGGCAACCAUAUCGGUGGCCGAACUUUAGCAGCAAAGAUCCUGCGAACAGGAUAUUAUUGGCCGACGAUAAAGCGAGAUUGCAUCUCAAAAGUCAAAGCGUGUGAUAAUUGUCAAAAACACGCCACACUCUCAGAGACCCCGGCCGAAGAACUCCAUACCAUAGAGUGGAUAGAGGCACAACCACUAGCACACAUAACGGCAGAAAAAGUGCGAUCUUUUUUAUGGAAAAAUAUCAUAUGCAAAUACGGUAUCCCAAGAGAGAUAAUCUCGGAUAACGGGAGACAAUUUACAGAUCAUAAGCUCGCUGCCUUUCUAACAAACUUUAACAUCAAACAUCAUUUCAGCUCAGUAGAGCACCUGCAAACUAACGGACAAGUUGAAUCAGCUAACAGAAUUAUCUUGCAGGGAUUAAAGAAAAAGCUCGGCGACGCUAAGGGAGAAUGGGCCGACCUCAUUCCAGAAAUUCUAUGGAGUUACAAUACCAGCAUUCAAUCUGCCACAGGAGAGACUCCUUUCAAACUGGUAUAUGGCGCAGAAGCACUUAUCCCAGUAGAGGUCAGCGUCCCAACAUUAAGGACCGAGCUUUAUGAUCAAACAAAUAACCUACAAGCUCGGACAGUCGAAUUAGACCUCGUAGAAGAAGAAAGAGACAUUUCUGCCAUAAAGCAGUGA